AUGAACCGAGGAAAUCCCCAAGGAGCCGAGGACCUUCCCAAAAAGGCCAAGGAAGUCUAAAAGGAAAAUUCCGGAUGACCUGAUCUUUGUAAUAGAAGACGUCAUUUUUUAAAUAUGGGUUAAUUUGACUCAAAGUAUGGACUGGAUUAUGAAUAAGAGACCCAAGAACUUCAUAAAAAUUACAAACUUUUUGAAGGACCCCCAGAUUUAAAGAACCGCUUCAAGAUUAUUUUUGAUCAGUUUUUCCGAAAAAAAUCAGAUUUGAAUAGGCUGUGUAUCAAAAAGUUUGAGGUCGAAUCGAUUUCUUAUGGGAUCGAAAAAAAUUUAUCACGAAAAAUUAAAAAGACAAGAAAGAACAAAAAAAGAGCUUCUAAAUUAUAUUCGGACUAAGCUUACCUGAAGGAAAGGUAGUGGAUCAUAAAUGCCGGACUUUCCUAAGCCAAUAUUCUCAUCACCUGUUGGAAAAAGGAGAAAGUCAGAGAGAAAAUUUUGGGAGCUGGCGUUUUAAAAAGUUCCUCGAAGAAAAUAUGAAUGGACUAACUCGUGGAAAACAUGGACUUUAUUUUCUGAAGACCAACGAGUUCACUAAAGGACAGAAAAGGUCAGAAACGUUUCAUGAAGCUUCUUGAAGAGAUUGGACUGGGAUCAUUCUCGAAUAUGAAUCCCUAAGACAUUUAAAAAUAAGGCUUUCUACCGACCAAAGGCCUUACUCAAACGAAGGAGAAAAAAGAACAGAAAGUCGAGAAGAACUAAUUAGCUCGUUGGACCAGCGUCCGAUGAGUGUUUUUUAUUUUUCGCCGUCCUCCUCCAACAGCAGCCGGGGCGGAAUUGAGAAGCGCCUCCGCCCCCUUUUGCCUCUUGAUUCCUUGAACAUGCUCCGCCCCGCCCAGUUUCAACUGAACUCUCCAAGGCGACGACGACGACGACGACGACGUACUUGCUGUCGUCGGCGACGCGUCGGGGCGUCAUCCUCGAGGAGGACGGCGUCGACGGCGACGAUGCCGCCCAGAUCAAUGCCUAUGCGAUUAGCAACGGCCAAGGCGAGCCGAUUGCCUCCCGGCUCCUCGAUUGUCUUACGAAACGACGUCGCGCCAUGUUCCGCCGGAAUCAGUCGAGCAGGUAACCAAGGAGUGGUGUGCAGGUGUUUGUGAGCGGUCCAGGGUUCGAGAAAAUUCCGUUUUGAUCCAUAGUUCAUUCACUUCUUUUCUAGUGAGAAUAGCUUUUUUUCAAAUUAUUGAGGGUUUGGUUUGAGAAAAACUCGUCAAAACGCCGAUUUUGAUCCAUAGUCCAGUCACUUCUCUUUCAGGUAAAAAAUAAGCUUUUUUUCAAUUUUUUGAAGGUUUUUUUUUCGAGAAAAUUCCGUCGGAAACGCCAAUUUCCGUCCAUAGUUCAUUCACUUCUCUUUUAGGGAGAACAGCUUUUUUUCAAGUUAUUGAGGGUUUGGUUUGAGAAAAUUCCAUCAGAAAGGCCGAUUUUGAUCCAUAGUCCAGUCACUUCUCUUCUAAGGAAAAUUAUGUUUUUUCCAAAGAAGUGAGGCUUUUUUUUCAAGAAAAUCUUGUCAGAAACGCCGAUUUCGAUCCACCAUUUAUUCCCUUUUUUCAAGAUGGUAGCGUUCCAAGUAUAACCCUGCAGAUCACUUUUCAAAGUAAGGUUGUCAGAAAGUAGAAUUUUUUUCCGACAACCUGAUCAUAGUCCAUUCACCCCUCUUUCAAGUAGUACCCUUGUAUUUUGAAAAUUUCGGCUUUCUUAUAUCGGUCUGGGUUUUGGUACACGUUUGUCAGCGUUUCAGGUCUUUAGUUGGAGAAAAUUCCAUCAGAAAGGCCGAUUUUGAUCCAUCGUCCAUUCAUCUUUCUUCAGAAAUAUUUGUGCAAAGAUAGCUUUGAAACCGUUUUCUGAUCUGUCAUUGUCGUUUUUGACUCUCAGAAAGUUACAAAGACUUUUUUUUGAUCGCUGUUUAUCCACCCUCUAUUAAUUCAGCUUCCAGAACCUCUUAUUUCUAAAAUUUUCUGCUUUUCAUUCUUUGAGCACCGAUUUUGGUGCUCAGAAACAGGAAAUCAGUUUGUUUCCAUAAUUGUGAUCAUAGUACAUUCACCUCCUUCUUCGAGGGUUUUUCCUUAUUAUUUAUCUUUUAUGCUUUUUUUCCUCAUUUUGAAUAAGCCUUUAGGAUAAGAGCGCUUGUUAGAAUAAUUUUGAUCCUCAGCACUUUCUUCCAACUUUUUUUUUUUGGAUAACCCUGAUCUUUGAUCUUGAUUCGUCAAAAGUUUGGACGAUCAGUUUUGGCGAUUUUUCUUUUCAGAAUGGAUUUUUAGGAAUAAUUGCGAAGACCUGUGUUUUUCAAUGGUACGUUCUAAAAAAAAGAAAGUUCUAAAAAAAAAUCAAGACUUGGUUUUGAUUUCUUUUUUAAACUGCUUUGAUUUUAAAAAGGUUCUGAAAGAUCUUGUUCCAGCCCUUUUAAAGCUUUUCUUCGUCCUGUUCUAUCUCAGCCUUUUUGUGUUAUUCAAUAUAUUUGUUCUCAUUUUUUUCGUUCUAAUAUAAGCACCUCAGUGAAUAUAACAUUCCAUAAUAGACAUGUUCCAACAAAAAAAAAGAAACCAUGAAUAGAUCAUUAAGUAUCACCUUGCAAAUCUUAUUCCUUUCUUUUUCUUUUUUUUUCUCACUCAUACUCUUCCAAUGAAAAAUCUGCAACGGAGACAACUUUUCUUUUUUACAGAACUUAUUCAACGAGGAAUUUUUUAUUCAAUGAAAAACUGAAAUUUUUUGGAAAAAAUUAUUUUUUGAGACUCAGACCUCAUUAUGAGGAUAUUUUUCUCAAAACUUCUUUUUCUCUGAACUUUGAGCUUUUCAACGUGGAUUUAUCUUUUCAUCGAUUUUUGUGAAAAUUACGAACCUUUUUUCCGAAAUUGGCCUGUCUUCUCAAAAAUAUUUCGUUAAGUAUCACCAAACUCACGCCUAUCUUUAAAAUAACACAGAGAUGAAUCAAUAAAACUCAUUUCUCAUUUCUUGAAACUGUCUGACCUGUCUGUGCUCUCUUGAUCAUUCAGCUUCCCUUUUUCGUUUACUUACUAUUUCAAUUCCUUCAACGAUUAGUGAGAAGAGGGAAGAGGCAUGUCAGAAUGUUUCAAGAAAAGAAAAAGCAUGUUUUGAAAUAACCGCGCAAAAAAAGCCGUGAAAAGCCACCGGAAAAUGAGCGUCGAAAAUUUAGCCGUAUCUUUUGAAAGUGCGCUCCAACGGUCAUGAACCAUUUUUCUGCCAAUUGCGGGAGAAAUUUUUGUUGUUUCAUUCCAUCUUGGCCAAUUUUUAUCGUUUAUUCGUUUAUUUCAUUCUUCUGUACCGCACAAGGAAGCCCUUUCCCUUUGCGUUUUGGAAUUUCCUGAAAUUGGCCAGAAUACUCCUUGAUGUACCAGUGGAAGAUUCUGGAAGUUUCAAUUUGGACAACUUAUUAGUUUUUGUGAAAUAAGGACUCAAAGGCCUGUUAUAACGAAUUUUAAAGGUUUUCUUCGACUUAGAGGUGAAUUUUUUCUAAGAACUAGGAAGUUUUGAAGGUUGAGACUUUCAGGGUGUUCAUCUGGUAAAUCAAGGAGUUUUCUGGCCAAUUUUGAGAAAAUUGAAAUUUCCUCCCCUGUCAGUUGGUCAUUAUUAUGCUGAUAAGAGUUCGUUUUACAGUAACCUCGGCGGCGAGCUACCGUACCGACCGCUCCGACGUCCGUCGUUGCCGUCGAUCCCGCAGGCGGCCGUCUCGCUUCCGAUGAGCAGCGUCGGUCAUCAACGCGACCGACGACGUCCCUCCCUCGUCGACUGGGCCGAGGUACUUGAAAAUCUCCACUUUUUUCGACUUCAACUGUGGAACCAAACUUCUGGAAUUAAAGUACCUAAUGAAGGGUUGCCUUUAGAAAAUUUCAAAAAACUAGAAAAAUUAGUUUCAAACCCAGGGAUUAGUGUUGAGCGAAAUAUAGUCCACGCUGACAGUUUUCGCGUGUCUGCGUCUCUCUGUUCCCUCACCGGCGAGGUCAGAGAAACAUUGAAAUAGCACGUAAACAUGAGAGUGACGUCGAGAGAUGAGGAGGGCGCAGUGAAGUCCCGAAAAAUGGACUAAAAAGUCAAGUUUUGAACCCAGGAGUUGGUCCUGACUUUGAUUUUUGGAAAACUCGGCCUUUAAAAUGGCCCCUGGAUGUUUCUCCCGAUUUACGAAGGAAAAAUCAAUUUUUCGAAAAGAAAUGAUAAUUCCUACGUAGCCUAAUCUUCACGAGCCCGCUGAACGUUUAGAAUAAAAUUAUUUAUUUGCUAGGAGGUUAUUUCACUUUUUAGUUGAAAAUUUCUUGAAAGAAGGCUUCUUGAGAUAUUAAAUGACUUUUCUGAAAAUCUCGACUUUCAAAACUUCCCAGUUUUCCAGAAAAGACACCUGAAGUUAGAGAAAACCGCAAAAAUGGGCUAUUUUCAAAACUUUGAGCUUUCAUUUUUUCAAAAUUGCGCAUUUUUGCAGGCUCAAGAAAAAAAGCUCUGAUCCUCUGAAGUUCAUUAAAAGCAAGAAAAAUAGCUCCAGAACUCUCAUAAUUUUUCCCCGGCGAACUUCAAAACAGCGAUCGAUCACGAGACAUUAAAUAUUAAUUCAGAGAGAGGCCCUCGGGCAAAAUGGGUUAUUUUUUUUUUGUGUUCCCGGCUUGUGUUCCAGAUGAAAUACGGCCAUAUAACCUCUCUCUCACUGCAAAACACAUCAACACCCCCGUCGAAACGAAUUUUUUACUCUUUUUUUUUUCUAAAGUGGGAUGCGAUUUUAUCGCCCCGAAAAUUGUCUAAAAGUUAAAUCGGGAAAAGGAACUGGAACGGAUGGGUUGAAUAAAACUGGAGAAGAAAAAACAGCCCGGAGAAACUUGAUUGAAGGAGUAAAUUAGAGGAGAAUCUGGAAGAAAGGUCAGGGGAUGAAAAUUCUUGGGAUUUGCCACUUUAUAAUAGAUUUUUACGAUUUUAUAAAACUGGAAACGAAUGAAGUUUAGUUUAAGUUGAAAAAAAGAAUAUUCUGGGGAAAAAUUUUUAGUGGCCACUAUAGAGGCUCGCCAAGGACUAAUUGGAGAUGACACUAAAGUGGCCACUAAACCCACCUUUAUAGUGGCCACCAUUUUCCGUUUAUUGGCCAUUAUAGAGGUUCUCUAUUUAGUGACCACUUCAGUAAUUUUUCAUCCAGUAUUCCUUCCAGUAACUCUGAUAAUUUUAAAACAAACAGAUUGGACCAGUUAUGUUGAUCCAUUAAGACCUAAAGUGGCCACUAAAAUUUUUAGUGGUCUACUAGUAGCACUUAGACCUCUAUAGUGUCCACUAUAUUUUAGCCCCUUAAGUGGCUUCUAAAUUGACUACUAUAGUGGUCACUAAAACGUCAAAACCCUAUGGUGGCCACUAAAAGUUGUCCUAGUCUCAUAACUCUCGAAAAUUCUCGGUUAAAUUUUUGGCAAGAUGAUAGGGUCGAACAAGAUUUUUUAAUUAAAAAAGAGAUUAUUUAACCUUUUUUUCAAAGUUUAGUCUAAAAAAAGUCAUCAUUUUGAACAGAAAGAAUCAAAAAGUUUCCUAUUUUUUUGUACAAAUUUAAUAUAACUCACUUUGAGAGUUCCUAACUUUUUUUCACAGAUUUAUUGGGCAACUUUUUGAGACCAGAUUUGGAAUCAGCGUGAAAAAAACUACAUCUAGAAGACCUAGUCUCAUUCAGAAGCCCCCCAAAUUUUUUUACGAUUUUUCAUGAAUUUUUCAAAGAACAUAACCUUUUUUUGGAAUGACUGAAAAGAAAGAAGAAAAGAAAAGAAAAAAAGAAGAAAUAGUUUUUUUUUAAAUUUCAACUUUCAGCCACCCAACUUUUUUUACACAAACUUUUUUCUCUCUCAUUGAAACGACACGGCCUUGUGUAGCCAAAUUGGCCGGAAAAAUCCAUCGAGUAACUCGGAAAAAUCCGGGUCAAAAACAUUUGUAAGUGGACGUCUUCGAGUGAGUUUUUACUGAAGGACUUAUUCAUCCCCAAUUACGUCGGCCCGGGUGAAACUCGUGAAAAAUGGGCAUAUUACCGGUGAACCUACUUUUUUUUUGCUUUGGCUAGGUUUUUGGAGAGUUUAUUGGAUAAUAUAUUAUUUAUUUUACUUUGGAUUUGAAAUUUAUUCAAUUUAGUAUUUUUUAUACGCUUUUCAAUGCAAUCAUGUCGAGUAAAAAUAGAACUUAACUUUAAAAAAAGAUUUUUUUAAGUUGAAUUUUGUUCAAUAGGAGGACAAAAAUUGAUCAUUUUUGAGCUUGAAUCAUUUCAUGAGCCUUUUCCCAUAUUGCUGUCUUCAUUAAGCUCGAAAAAUUCUGGUUUUUACCUGAAAAUCUCAAUUUUUAACUCAGUUUUUUGGUUGAUUUUCCGUUUUUUCAAGGAAAGUUUAAAUUUAGGAUUUUUUUCAAUAAUGAAACGGUUUUUUUCUUUGGUUCUAAUGAUAUAAAUUUUUUUCACUUAAAUUUCAGUUUUUCAAAAUUAAAGUUAGGCCUUGAUAAGGCUUCGUUACUAGGAUUCGUGAGAUUGAAAUACUGAGCUUUGAAUUUUUUUUUUGACAGUUUGAAAGGCACUAAGGGUAAAUAUCAGAACUAAAAAGUUGAAAAAAAUAGGUACAAAAAAACUAUUUUUUUGAAAAUCCAAAUCUUAUCAGAUCUUUCUUCGAAAUCACUAAACUUGAUUUUUCCAAAAUGAAAAUCAAAAAGUUUUUUUCUAUCAUAUUUGAUUUAUGUGAACACGAUUCCCUGUUCCAAAUCAAGAAAACGAAUGAAAAACCGUGAAAUGCGCGGAUAUUGACCUUCGUCCUCUGUCCUUUAGAAGUCGAUUCUCUUCAUCUUCAUCUCCAUUUUUUUUUCUCCUUUCUUGUCUGACGAAGAUCGUUCCGCAGUUUCGACGCCAACCUUUCGUUCCAUCUUCUUUCCACUUUUCGGCUUUUUUUUACCGCUUUGCUUGGCUUGGUGGCAUUGGAUGGAACCUUGGAAAAGUAUACGGAGACCGUUUUUUUCUUUGAUUGGAAGUUUGGACAUUUUUGGGUCUUUUGUACAACUUUUUUUUCUGGAAAAUGAGAAUCUUUGGAAGAUAAAUCUGAGGUAUCGAUUUUUUCCCAUGCUUUUGGCCUUGUGAAAAGUACAAAAUGUCUCUUUUUCGUUUUAUUUUUUUUUUCCUUGAAAUUUUAAACUUUUUUCGGCUUUUCUCAAUCUUUCUUGAUGGAAAUCUGAUUAUUCCAGUUUUUUGAUAAUCGAAAUUUGAAAUGAAGCUGUUUUUUCACUUUAAUUUCCAAGUUUAUGGAUUUUUUAAGAUUUUUUAAAUUUUCUUUCUUCAAGCUAUGUUUUAAGGCUCUUCUUUUCGAUGAGCUGUUUUCGGAAAAAAAAUUUCUUCACCCAUUUUUAUUCCAACUAAAAAACUCGCUUAAGACUUUUGAACUUUCCAUUUUUGAGAGAAAACUAGAAAAAAACCACACAAUUUCCAGUUCAAUUUUUCACUCCUAAAAAAACAGCUGUUUUUGAAUGUUUUUUUAUUUUGUUUUAAACGCCUCAAGUGUCAUUUCAACCAGAUGGUUUUUUUCGGAACGUUUUUCAGGCCAAAGUUUGGGGGAAUUUCGAGAGAAAAAAAUUUAAUUUAGAACAUGGAAGACAAUGGUACAUAGAUGGGCGUUAUGCUCAAUUUUUUUGGGUUCUCACUUUUUUUGGAAUUUUUUUCUGGACCUUUCCGCGGAGUUCUGAGUUUAUCGAUUAGUUUCAAAAAAAAUUUUUCUGUUUCUCAUCAAAAGUUUAAAAAAAUUUAGUGCUGAAAAGGUACAAAAAAAGUAGAUUUUUUCUUCUGAAUCUCAAAAAAACAAUAUUUCUUUUGAAGCUUUAAAGAUGAGCAGAAAAAAACUGAUCAGGAAAAAAAAUUUUUUUAGUCUCCGCCCUGCGCCUUUAAUCUGAAAAUAUGAUCAUGAAAAAAAAAAAAAAUCGGAAUUUUUCACUUCACUUUCUUAAGGGGAUCCAACAGUUUUCUGCGUAGGGUACCUUAUAAAAAAGCUAAUCGUUUCAAGACCGUUUUUUUUUUCCGAAAAUUACAAAAUCCUUGAGUUUUUCCUUACACGCCACCACAACCCUACAGAACACAAAAAUAAACCAAAACAAUAAUAUUGUGAAAAAUCCAGCCAAUUAUAUAAAAUACGAACCCAGACAGAGGAACUUGACGAGAAAAAAAAGGCUGUGUAAAAAUUUUGGUCCUUCUCUCCCCCCAAAUCAACUAUUAUCAAUUAACUGAUCGUAUCGUUCCCUUUCUCUCUCUUUCUUUUUUCUAACUUGAGUUGGAAACAGAUUGAGAGAAAAAAAGUAGCACCCCUUUCCGGGUCAUUUCUCGGUUUGAUCUGUUUUUCAAAGGGUUGUUUUAAAAAUUCCCAUCCAUUUCUGUGUUUUUUCUUAGUUUCGCUGCAACUUUUCUUUGAUUUUUCCUCGACUUUCUAAAAAAAACAGAACUUGAAAAAAUUGAGUCCACCACUUUUCUCAAUGAUACUUUGACUGAAUUAUGGCAUCGAUCGAUUUGAAAAUUUUGGAAAAUAUCGAUUUUUUUUCAGUUUUUCUUGGCUAACGUGCAGCUGAAAACUGACUUUUCAUUGAAUUUCUUCUUGUAAAAAAAUUUUUGCAAUUGACCGAUUUCUGAUUUUUUUGAGUGAUUUUUUUAAUGGAAUUUUUCUUCGAUUUUUUUCAAAAUUUUUCAACUUUAUUUUUUUGGAGUUUUACCACACAUUUUUAUUGAAACUUGCGAUUUUUUCAUUUUGAAACGGUCAUUUUUGUCCACCAAAAUAGCCUUAAAUGAAAUCCUUUUUUUUCAAAAAAUAUCAUUUUUGAGCUUUUUCGGUGAUGUAAAUUUGAAAAUAUGGGCUUCAAAUGGGUCCAUAAAUUCCAAAAAAGCUUGAAAAUUCCUUCUAUCUCUAUAAUGCAUAAUGAUGAAUUCCUCUCCUUUUUCGGGUUCCUAGGUUUUUUUUUGUUGUUUUUUUUUUAUCGAAAGUUGGAUAUUUAUUCUAUUUUAUUUCGUGCUAAAAGUUCAGACAAAUGAAAUGAAAGCAGUGAGAAAACAUGCGUCGUUUCAACGGGACCGUGAGCCUGGACGGUUUCUGAACCGGUCGCGGUCCACUUCAUCGAAAUCAAAGGUCUUAGCAGGAAAAGAGAAAAAACGCACGUAGAAUGGCUCAAAACCUAUAUCUCUUGGCGCAAGUCGUUUCAGGUCGGGCGCGCUUCUAAUAAACCACGUUGAGCCAUUCUUCGCGCGACCAAUGAUUAAUUUUCUUAGGACUUUUGUUUUUUCUUCAUUACUCUAUUAUUUUCAUGUUUUCAAGUCAACAAAAAAGACUGAAAAUGAUAAAUCUGAAAAAAAAAAAGAUUUUUUAGAUUACUGAUGAAUUUAAUGAAUAAAAUCAUCCCAUCAAAUCGAAAAACCAUAUAUUUAUCAUUUCCCGUCUUUUUUGCUGACUUGAUUCGAAACAUCUGAUCUGAAACGUCUUGUUUUGUUUUCCAACUCGGGUCAUGAUUUGGUGAAUUUGCGCAACUCCUAUCUAUUUCUCUCUCUUCUCUCUCAGUUUGGGAAAUUCGUUAUUAUUAGGCCCAGGAGAGAAACAACAAAAUUGAAUUAGGUCAGUGGGCAGAAGAGAAAUCUUGCAUUUAUUGGUGUUGCAACUUCGCAGUGGGUCUCGAAAUGGGCUUUGAAGGAGAUGUUAGGAAAUAUCGGGAAAAAAUAGCCUCACACGGUUGGCUUUCUGCGCUCCACUGAGAUUUUUUUUUGAAAGUGUAUUUUUCCUUUUUUGAUGAUCUAUUUCCGAAACGAAGCUCGAACCUGUAAUGAAAUGAAAAAAGUAAAUAUUAGGCCACUCUGUAGAUUAUUCCACAAAAUUUAUACUUCUGGGAAAAUUUAUAUUGGCCACUAUAGAGGCUCGCCAAGAACUACUUGGAGAGGACACUAAACCCACCUCUAUAGUGGCCACUAUUAUCCGUUUUAGUGGCCAAUAUAGAGGUUCUCUAUUUAGCGGCCACUUUAGUACUUUUUCAUCCAGUAUUUCUUCCAGCAACUCUGAUAAUUUUAAAACAAACAGAUUGGAUCAGUUAUAUUGAUGCAUUGACCCCUAAAGUGUCCACUAAAAUUUUUAGUGGUCUAGUAGUAGCACUUAGACCUCUAUAGUGGUCACUAAUUUUAAACCCCUUAAGUGGCCUUUAAUUUGACUACUAUAGUGGCCACGGAAACUUCAAAACCCUAUAGUGGCCACUAAAAAUUUUCCCAGUUUCUCGACCUUUUUUAUUUUAAGGCUGAGAAUUAUAUUUUUUUAAUUAUUUUCGGAGAGUUUAUUCUCAGAGUUUCUAAGUCAGGGACUUUUGGAUUAAAAAUCAUUAAAAAUCAUUAAAAUUGAUCAGCUCCAUCAGAAGAUCUUUCAGUGAAGAAAAAAAAAUAUUUUUUUUAAUUUUAAGAAAUGUCUUUACAGAACCGAAUCCACGCCGUCGACAUUGAUUCUCCAAUUGGCUAUUUUGUUGCUCAUUUCAAAGUUGGUUUUUUCUCUUAUCUUUCAAAAACCUUUUUGAGCUUUUCAUAAAGAUUUUCUCAGUUACAGGACAUCGAUGAGACGUUGGAAAAGGUGCCUUUUGAAAGCCGCAUGCGUCUUUUCGAAGCCUUUGAAGGUUCUUUCUUUCUCUCAACAAAAAAAAAACCACAAAAAUUGCCAAUAAUGAAAAGAACAUUUGCGCUCCAAAGACAACACUUUGUUGAACCACUUCAACAAGUUUUCUAAAACUUAUUCAACGGUUGAAACUGAAAAAAAGAGUUCGAAAAUCUGAGAUGAAGGAAAAAAGAGCUGCAUCUUUUUGGGCAUGUGCGCUCCAAGGAAACAUUUUUGUUAAGAAAUUUCAGACUUUUUUUGUGGUUUUUGAAGCUUGAUUUUGAAUAUUUUUCAUGCGUUUUUCUGGCCUUUUGAAGGCUUGUGUACUAUUUUUUUAUCAUAAAAAAAAUUUCGAAAAAAAUGUUAUUAAAAAGGAUAAAAAAAUAGCCAUUUCCAUGGAACAUGUGCGCUCCAAAGAGGAUAAUGAUCAUAUAAGGCUAUUUUAGGAAUUUAAGAAAUUGAAAAAAAAAAAACUGUGUUAUGAGUAACUGGUUCUGUUGUCUGAAUCUGUUUACAGUUUCUCGAAGAUUCGCAGUUGAUUUUAUCUCAAAUUUAAUUGGUCCUUCAGAAAAAAAAUAGGUUUAUGUCUUGGUUCCUCUAUAAAUGGGCACUUAAAAGAACCGGUCGUUGUAAGUUUCUGGAUCUAGUUUUUGACAUGAAAUUAGAAAAAGUUGAGCGAAAUUUUUACUUUUUGCGAAACUUCCUAUAUAUAAAAUAGUCUAUUAGAAUUCAAGGACUUUUCGAAAAGACAGGUAAUUUUGAAUAAAUUAAAAAUUUUUACAUGUCUAAUUGAAGCAACCAAGCAACUCUAGUAACUAUAAGUUUUUUUUUCGAUUUUCUAGGGGGAAUCAACUGAAGUUUGGAGGUUUUCCGAAAAACCAAACCUUUUUUUUAUCCUUUCAUAAUUUUAUGUUACUUGCGAUAAAUACAGCUUUUUUAUCAGCCAAUCUUCGAUUUACAAACUUAGCAAAACUUCGAGACAAAAAACUUCAAAAAGUGGCGAAAUUGUGACCGUUACUCGACCGCGUUACUAUCCUUUUUUCAAAAAUAAAAUCUCUCGAGGAGAUCAAAAAACUUCAAGAAUCAUUUGACAAUAUUCUAGGACCCCUGCGAGCACGCGGCUGUACGGUGAACGAGGUCGAGUUCUUCUUGGAGAACAGUUCAACGGCGAUUCCCGAGAACUCCGAGGCGCGAUACCUUGCCGGGAGCAAGAUCAUCGUUCGAGGUGCGUUUUUUGUCGGGGUCUCAUCUUUUUUCCUUCUUAUUUACGUAUAAUAUCGAUCCUGUCCUGUCGAAUCAUCAAUUCAUUUUUUUUUUCUAGUCAGAUAUAAUCAACUAGGCGGUGACCGAGAACUUUAAAAGCUAUAACGAACAACCGCCUUUGGCAAACUAGAAGUCCUAACGUGUAGUUGAUCAAGUUGAAAGCAUGGUCUUACGGUCCUUCGCAUCGUUCUUCUGCGCGUAGUCCGUUCAGUUGCACCUUGACGUGCUCAGAAUGUAGCUGAUGUUGUGACUGGAGCUCGAAGACCGUUCUCUAGGUAGUAGCCUCAGAAAGAGAGCUUGGAGUGAAGAUUUUAUACAAAAUCCUGGUGAUUUUUGUGAAAGAAACAUAUUCAUAAUGAUAUUCGACGGAUUAACUGCUGAACGUUUGUAGUAGGCUUCUGGGGCUUCGUUAUUCUGUGA